AUGGUAAUCUAUCUCGCUCAGGAAGGACGGCGCCACAUGGUAACACAUAUACGGGUUAUGCGCCUUCGUUGUUCGUUAUGUGGAGCUGGUUCGUUUUUCUGUACGGAUUUACGAGUGCACCUGAUGGAAGGUCACUGUGAAAAGCUACAUCGUGCACCGGAAGGAGUGGUCAAACGUGAUGUUAUCCCAUGUAUGACUAAAGAGCAGGCAGACUCCUUGUCGGAAUUGGCUGAUCCUGUGAAUCCCGGCCGAGUGAUGUACACUAGCGGACAGUGGAAGCAGUAA